UGAUUCCCCCUAACCUGUCAACUCACAGACUGUCAUAAAAGACUUGAAUCUCUUUAAAUUCUUCCACCAUUUUUGAACGCUAAAUUUCUAUUUUUUCAUCAGCCAUAAAUUCACACACAGAGCUUGUUAUAUAAAUUACUUUGAAUAAUAUUUGUUCUUUCGUAGAAGGAAAAAAUUGAGAUUGGUCGAUCGAUGACGACUGUCUUUGGAAUAAUGGAGAUUAAUCUUGUUAGCGCUCGAGGUCUCAAAAACAACGAAUUCUGGGGUGGUGGAAUAGAUCCAUAUGUUUUACUUCAAUAUAGAGGUCAAGAACGCAAGAGCUCUACUAUUCGAGCAGGACAAGGUAGUAAACCAGAAUGGAAUGAGAAGUUCACAUUCAAGAUAGAAUAUCCCUCAGUAGAUGGACAAUACAAGCUUAUACUUAAGCUCAUGGAUCAUGAUACAUUUUCUUCUGAUGACUAUCUUGGUGAAGCCAUUAUCUACUUGAAGGAAUUUAUUGAAGUGGGAUUGGAGAAUGGAAGAGCUGAAAUUCAUCCUAAAAAAUAUAGUGUGGUGGGGAGUGAUCAAUGUUAUUGUGGUGAAAUUCAAGUUGGUAUCACAUUCACUCCAAAGAAGGCAGAUGAUUAUGCAGAAGAAGAAUAUGGUGGAUGGAAGGAGAGUGAUGAUUACUCAUGAGUAGCUACAAAGGCGGAUUUGAUUUUGCGAAGAGACCAUAAAUUUACGUACAUCAUAAUUCAUCUUAUAAAUCUGCCCUUAGUAGCUUGUUGUUUAAGAGAUUGUUUGUUAGUAAAUGAAUUAAUUAGGGAUGACAAACAAUGUGGGGCGGGUUAAGUCAUAACCUGCAUACAUUUCAACCCGACUUGCAUAAUAUUUUACAAUGGUUUCAACCCACCCCUGUCCUGCCCCUGUAUAAUAUUUUUUAUUCCUUUUUUUAA